AUGUCCGAUUCUGAAGAUAAUGAGGACAACAAGCCUUUUGUGGUGGAACAAGCUAAAAAUGGACGAGCUACAUGUAAACAUUGCAAAAAUGAAUGUUCCAAAGGAGAGUGGAGAAUAGCAAAAAUAACUUUCAAUCCUUUUGGACCUGGUAAACAAAAACUAUGGCAUCACAUCAAAUGUUUGUUCAAAGUAUUUUUAAAUCAGCGUGCUGUGACUCGGCGAAUUGAAGACCCUGAGGAUGUUUUAGGUUGGGAGCUUUUAGAUGAAGAACAUCAACAGUAUAUUCUUAAAUACAUAAAGAAAUGUGACGAUUUUCAUGGCAAUAUUGCAAAUACUGCCGUCAGACGAAAACGAAAGCCAAAAGAAAGUAACAUAGAUGAAGAAAGUGUAAGUGAAUCCCAAAAAGAUAAAGAGACCAUGAAUAAAUCUAAUAAGGAUGAUGUCAAAAAACAAAAUAAAUAUGCCUCAUUUAAAGAAUUCCGAAAAUUAGUUGCAGAUGUAGUCAAUUGUGACACCAAACAAGAAAAAACUGAGCAUUUGGAAAAGUUUGCUAAGGCAUUUGUGGACUGUAGUAAAGAAAUUAAGAUUCUUUGGUAUCAGUUAUUGAUGCCAAGUGUUAUACAUUAUAAUUUUGAAUACUUAGAUCAUAACCAUUUAAUCAAAAUAUUCAGUAGGAUAUUCGAUAUAGACAAAAAUAUUGUAUUGAAAUAUUUUAACCAAGAAAAUGAUAUGGCAGAUACUAUUCAAUACUUUUUUAACAAAAGCACAACUUUACCUCCUGCAAAAAAAAGUAAUUUGACUGUUAACGAUGUAAAUGACUUCUUAUCAAAAUUAGAUAAUUUAGAAGAGGAUAAUAAAAUUGUGGUGCUGUUUAAAAAUUUCCUAGUAAACUGUACUGUAAAUGAUCUUGUUACGGUGAUACACAUAAUUGAAGGAGACCUACAAAUAGAAGCUAGCCCGAGAUUAAUAUUAAAUACAGUAGAUGAAAGUGCCUACAAAUUAUAUCAAACUUGUAAUAAUAUAGAUGAUGUUCUUUCCAAAUUUAUUUUCGGUAACAAUCAGAAGAAGAUUAACAUAUUAAUGAAUAGAAAUUUAAUGAUACCUGUGUUGCCAAUGUUAACAGAAGACUGUACAUCAGUAGAAGAUGUUUUUAAAAAGUGUCCAAAUGGAGUUUGUGCAGAUAUUACCUAUGGUGGUGAUAGAAUCCAAAUUCACAAAUCUGGCAGCACUUUUAAGUAUUUUUCAAAUGAUUUAAAACAAAUCCCAUUGGAAAAGAUAGUUGAUUUUGAAAAAUACAUAAACACUGCCUUUCCUUCUAUUGAAGAUUGUAUUGUAGAUGGCGAGCUUGUUCUUACAGAUAAAUCUAAAAAUCCUAUACCAUUGGAAAGAGUUAUAGAAAGUGAGCAAUUUCAAAAAGUAAGCUUUUGUCUUUUUGUUAUUGACUGUUUGUUUUUUGGAGAAGCAAGUUUAAUGAAAGAACCUUUAUGUGAAAGAAAAAAAUGUUUGAAAAAUAAUUUUAAGGAAAUUCCAAAUCAUGUAUUGUUUUCAGAAAUGAAAAAAGUCUACCAAGAACAAGACUGUGCAAAAAUUAUAGCCGAAGUAAAAAAACAAAAUUUUAAAGGCAUAAUAUUUAAGGAUAUUCAAGGAAUAUAUGAACCUGGAAAACAUAGCUGGUUCGAAAUAACUAGGGAAAAUCUUUUUGACCAUAACAGUUCAGAAGAAGAUUCAGAUAAUUCGCAGAAACAAAAACAGAAAUCUUCAAUGGAUACUCCAAAAAAUCAUAAAUCAAACAUAAAAAGGAAACGCAUUUUGGAUUCUGAUGAAUCAGAAAAUAAAGAUCAGGAUGAAGAAGAAUCUGAAGAUGUGAGUUCAGAAACACCAUUUGCUGAUGCUGAAUUGAGUGAAUUACAUCUUCAAGAGAAAGAUCAUGACUCUGAAUCGGAACCAAAAGAUAAAAUUUCAAAAGAAGCAGAAAAACCCCACAAAGAAUGUACUGCAGUUUCAAAUAAAUCAUCUAGUGAAUUAAAAAAUAAAACUGGUCAAUCCAAGACUAUUAAAAAUAAACCUCAAGUUAAUAAUUCUUCAGAAACUAGUGGAGUUCAAUCAGAUGGUGAAGAUAAUUUCCAAUCACCAGCUUCUUUUUAUUCUAUUGAAAGUGCUGAAUGUUCUACUACAUCUGGUAUACAAAAUAUACAAACUUCACAAAAUUCCAAUGAAGAAAAGGGUUAUUCCAAACAUUCUCUACAAGAGGAGAAUAAUAAAAAUAAUAAGGAUGCUGAGAAAUCUGAGAAUAAUAAUGAAGAAGACAAAGGCAGUGAGGAUGAGAAUUCAGGUAGUGAUUUUGAAGGUACUGAAAAUGCAAAGGAUAUAUCUAAAGAGAAAACUGUUGUACUAGAUGAUAACAGUAUUGAAGAAGAUGAUAUCGGUAAAGUAAAAGACAAUUCAAUAAAUCAAAACGGACAUAAUCAUUCCGAAAAUGAUGAUGAUGAACAAGGAUCAAUCAAUACAGAUGGACUUGAUCAAACUAUUGAAAGUAAGACCAGUAGUCAGAAAUCCUUAGAAUUUACAAACUCAGAUAAUAUUAUCGGUGUAGGUGAGAUUAAUGAUUGGGAAUCUUCAUCAAACACUUCAAAAAGUGGGGAAAAUGCAGCUACACAAAAACUUAGUGAUGUUGAUGAAGAAAAUGACAUGAAUUCAACAAAUACAACUAAUGAAAAAUCUCCUAGAAGUUCUCAAAAAGAAAAUGAUGAAACUACCAAUAAACAAAAAUGUGACAAUACAAAUAACAAAAAACCUAUAAGUGAUGUUUUAGAGGGCAAAAUAAAUGAUAAACAAGAGAAGCAAAAUACAAUAAAUCGUGAUACAUCUAGUAAUUCAGACCAUGAAAGUGAUUUAAACCAUAAACAAGAGAAGGAAAACACAGUUAGUGAUGCACCUAGUAAUUUAGACCAUGAAAGUGAUCUAAAUGAUACAUCCAAGAAUGAUAAUACAAAAAAUAGUGAUACAUCAAGUGAUUCAGACCAUGAAAGUGAUCACAGUUCCAAUUCAGAAAAAAAAGGCAAAAAAGAUUUUAGUUUUUCAUCUAGUUGUUCUGAAAAAGAUAAUUACAAAAGCAAAAAUAACAAAAGGACAAACAAAUUAAGCAGUGAGGACUCUGAUAAUUCUGAAAAGGAAAAGUGCAAAUCAUCAAAGAAAAGUAAAUACAAUAGUAAUAAUAUUUUGAGAAAAAGACUUCCAAUAAAAAAAAAUCUAAGAAGUCUACCAGUGUGUGGUGAAGGAAAUAAACAAAAACGAAAAUAUUCUUCUGUAUAUAGUUCUUCUGAAGAUGAAUCUGACAAUCACCCAGCUAAAUUUUCUAAAAUCAUUGCUGCAUCAAAAAGGAAACAGCAAAAACCAGUAAAUAUAGAAGAGGAUGAGAAUGUUAUAAAUCCAAAAUGUGUUUUCAGGAGAGAAAUUAAAAUUUUGUUGAAGGAUAUUUAUAAGGAUACAAAACCUCAAAAUGACUCCAACUUCAAAGUCCAAAAUUCAAAUAAUACCAGAAAAUCCAAAGUGUCAAGCAUAAAAGAGAAUAUACAAGUUAUAGUUAUUUCUGACACAGAUUCUACACAUAGAACUACCAAGCAGAAAGAAAAAGGUGCAAAAGGUGUUGAUAAAAUUAAGAAGAAAACAAAAACUCAAAAUGGCUCUAAAUUAAAAGUCCAAAGUGCAAAUAGUGCCAAAAAAUCCAAAGUAUCAAGCACAAAAGAGAUUAAAAAAUCAACAGCUAUUUCUGACACAGAUUCUACACAUAGCAGUAGUAGUAGUAGUACCUUGCAGAAAGAAAAUGGUGCAGAAGAUAGUGAUACAAUUGAGAAAGUUGCAGCAUCAAAUGUCACAAGAAGAGACCGAAAAAGGAAAGCUUCUAGGGAAUUAAGAGUUUUAUUGAAUAAACACCGGAGAAUACGGACAGAAGAGAGCUUAGAUAGCGACUCAUCAGCUUCCACAAUUAGAUCUGUGCAAAUUAACGAACAAAGAAAUAAUGAAUCUCAGAAAAGACAAAACAAAAAAUCACCAAAGAAAAAUGCAGACACAUCUUUAAGUAAAAGAGUUAAGAACAAUGUUGUUGAAAGCGACGAGUACAACUCUGAUAUAGACGGUGUUAGAUGUUCUAGCCCACUCCCAAUAAACAAAUCAAACGUAACAAUGGAAAGAGAUCGGGUUGGAAAUUGGGGAAAUGGAGAGCAUCUCGUACCAGGCGCCGUUUCCGGACUCGAGAGGCUGAGGACUCCCGCUUUAAAUAAGGGAUUGGCAUUCACCUUCGAAGAGAGACAACAGCUGGGAAUUCAUGGAUUGUUACCUCCCGUAGUAAAAACACAGGAACAACAGAUCGAUCAUUGUAAAAAAUGUUUGGACAGAUUAGACGAUAAUUUAAACAAAUAUUUGUACCUGAUAGGAAAAACUAUUCUACAGUUUCGUCAGGAAAUAUGUAACGGAUAUUAUGCCCUUAGUAUAUACACCAGUCGUCGGAUUAGCUUGUCAAAACUUUGGAUUGGGUUUACAGAUGACCGCGAGAGAAUGUACGUUACAAUUUACGACAAGGGAAACGUGUACGAAAUUAUGAAAAACUGGCCUGAAUCAGAUGUCCGCGCAAUAGUAGUCACGGACGGUGAACGUAUAUUAGGUUUAGGAGACCAAGGAGCCUGCGGUAUGGGAAUCCCCGUUGGAAAGUUGUCUCUAUACACAGCUUUGGCAGGAAUAAAGCCCCAUCAAUGUCUCCCCAUUACGAUAGACGUAGGAACCAACAACGAGACUCAUCUGAAAGAUCCUCUGUAUAUAGGUUUGAGACAAAAAAGAGUCACAGGACAACAGUACGACGAGCUCCUCGACGAAUUCAUGGAAGCAGUAGUUCGCAGAUGGGGCCAGAAUACAUUGAUCCAAUUCGAAGAUUUCGGUAACUCGAACGCGUUCAGGUUGUUGGAAAAGUACAGAAACAACUAUUGUACUUUCAAUGACGACAUCCAGGGUACCGCUAGUGUAGCCGUAGCUGGUCUAUUGGCUUCUUUGAGAAUCACAAAAACUAGACUUUCCGAUCAUGUGAUAGUAUUCCAAGGUGCAGGAGAAGCAAAUCUGGGAAUCGCCCAAUUGUGUACCAUGGCAAUGAUAAAAGAAGGUACUAGUGAGAAUGACGCCCGGAAGAAAAUAUGGAUGGUAGACUCAAAAGGAUUAAUCGUUAAGGACAGACCUGAAGGAGGAAUUAAUCACCACAAGGAACUCUAUGCACACGAGCACUCACCUGUAAAAACAUUGACCGAUGUUGUAAAGAGCAUCAAACCCUCAAUACUGAUUGGAGCCGCGGCCGUUGGUGGCGCAUUUACCUCAGAAAUAUUGCGCGAAAUGGCCAAAAACAACAAACGACCUGUGAUCUUCGCUUUGAGCAAUCCUACGAAUAAAGCGGAAUGUACUGCUGAAGAAGCCUACAGAGAAACAAAUGGUACUGCCAUCUUUGCGAGUGGUAGUCCAUUCGAUCCAGUUACUCUAGAUGGAAAGACGUUUUACCCAGGACAAGGUAACAACUCUUAUAUAUUCCCCGGAGUAGGAUUGGCAACAGUCACUGCUGGUAUCCAAAAAAUCAGCGAAGAACACUUCCUGGUUGCAGCAGAGGCACUCGCCAAUUUGGUAACUGAAGAUAAUCUCGAAAAUGGAAGGAUAUACCCACCACUGGAGAGCAUCGUUGCGUGUUCACUAAGAAUCGCAACGCGACUUCUCGAGUACGCUUAUGAAGAAGGAAACGCAACGGUUCUUCCCGAACCAAAAGACAAAGAAGCUUUCAUCAAAGCUCAGAUGUACAAUACUGACUACCAACCUGCGUUACCUGCGGUUUAUUCAUUCCCCAAACUCUAA